AUAUUGCCAGCCAUAAAGCAUUAGUACGCUGGCGAUAACGAACGUGCGAGGAACGUGCUGAAUAAGACGAAGCGCCAGUCAGUCAGAAGUCGGGUCAAUUUAAUACCCUUUCCAGCAGGGGGAAGUAGUAGUUCUGGAUACUUCUUAGUCGUACAGUUACUGCCGUGUGCACUUCUGCGAAAGAGAACCUUCGCCAGAAAAGGAGUCAAAGGAAAGUAUCUGCAGCCCAUUGUUCUGCGCUAUUGUUGAACUAUGGGUGAGCAAAUGGUGUUAUCGGUCAUGAUGCCGCAAAACCAGCCACUUCCGAACCCGGAACCGCAGCAAAUAAUUUUGUCAAUGCCGGCCUCGCCCCCUCCGCCUCCGUCACAGCCUCUUAUUUUGUCUAUGAUGGCUCCGCCCCCUCCGCCCCCGCCUCCGCCACAGUCUCUUAUCUUGUCUAUGAUGGCUCCACCUCCUCCGCCCCCGCCUCCGCCACAGCCUAUUAUCCUGUCGAUGAUGGCCCCACCUCCUGUACAGCAGCCGUUGGCCCCACCUCCUGUACAGCAGCCGUUGGCCCUACCUCCUGUACAGCAGCCGUUCGUAUUGUCAGUAAUGGCAGGUCCGCAGCAGCUCCCGGAGCCGAUGAUGGCGGAUAUAGGCGUACAGCCGACUGAGCAGGUGGAGUCACAGAGUGUUCAGCUUGCUCCUCAAAGUGUUCAGCUAUCGCAGAUGCCUGUAAGCGGGUAUCAGCCGAUCAAUAUAUCGCAGGUACAGGCACCAAGACAAGCGUCUGCACCCGCACCUGCACCGACAACUGGACAGUUACCUAAAUCGGGUCUUGCUCCUCCCACUGCGGGUCCUCCAGCGGCAAAAAGUGCACUAGCCCCGAAGACCUUAAGUAAGGCGCCGGUUAAAACAGCGGCGGUAGCGGGAACUCCAAAUAAAAUGCCGGUACUACAGAGCAAAACAUCAGCGAAGGCGCCAGCAGUAGCAAAGAGCGGCGCGAAGGACCCAAAAGGUCCGUCCUGGCUGAAAACGAAAGGCAAGGCUUAAGUACAUAGCUUACGGCUACGGGAAACAAAUUACUACCGGAAUAAGCACAAAUGAGUGAUGGAAUGAGUCUAUAUGAAACAAAUGCGGUAUGAGACAAAUGCUUUUUUCUUUGUUUCUCAAGUGUUUCUUAAAUCAAAGAAUUAGGCACUGCUUGGGGGUUUCGGGUCAUGACUCCAACGUUUCGGGUCGUGAAUACGCUCGUAAUGAAACCUAGGCCACGAAGUGUCUUAAACGUGUGUUCCUAAGAUUCCUAGGGAAGUUUUAUGAAGGUUCUGAGGGAAGUUUUAUGAAGGUUCUGAACCCUCUCUUAUGUGGUCUUAAGAGAUUCAUUUGCCUCCGAACACUCUUGUGGAUA